UUUUAGGAUGGAAAAUAGUUUAGGUACUUAUGGGGAUGCUCGUAUUAAAAUAUUCAAUUUUGAAAAGCACAAACGUAAGGAGCGUCCAAUACGUCGAAAGGCACCAGAGAAUUUAAUAAGGAGAGCUGGUGGGUUGAAACGUUGCACUGAUUUGAAGUAUGAAAAAUUGGUGCCAUUAUAUCAACUUUGGGUCUCGUAUUUCAAGUCAUUACUAGCCCAUUGUAAUGAACAAUUUGAUGAACGCUUGUUACGAAUGGAUUUUCAUGGUGCAAUUUUAAGAGUGUCUGAUUCUCCCAAUAAAACACAGGUGCUUUUUAGAAUUUUUCUCCUUCCAAAUUAA